AUGACAAGUUUAAAACGGUCCCUCGAGGCGGACCCUUUUGCCAGCAAUAUCUCGAGCAGGAGCUUUGUCCGCUCGACGAAGAGGGGCAAGGUUCAGAAGAUCGUGCGCGAGGUUUAUCUUCGCCAAGAUAUCCCCUGCUCCUCAAAACUGUGUAAAAAAUGCCGUCAGUCAGCACCCAGGAACGCUGCAGGAAAGGUCAUGCCCUUCGUUCUCUCUGAGAAACCGGCAGGGACCAAGGCCUUUCCACAAGGGCAUUAUGUCGUCCCUGACACGAAUGCUCUUCUAAAUGCCAUGGAUGUCUUUGAGCAGAGCUCUGUAUUCUACGAUGUCAUUAUUCUUCAGACUGUCCUAGAAGAGUUGCGGAACAGAUCCCUCCCGCUCUACAACCGUCUGAUCAACUUGACGAAAAGCGACGAGAAGAGGUUUUAUGUUUUCUUCAACGAGUUUCGCUUGGAGACCUACGUCAAACGCGAGGAGAACGAGACCAUUAACGAUAGGAAUGACCGUGCCAUUCGGCGGGCUGUGCAGUGGUAUACCGAGCACCUUGCUAAGACCAAGGCUCCCAAGAUUCCCGCUGUUGUCAUGCUCACGGACGAUCGGAACAACAUCAAGAAGGCAAAGGAAAUCGGCGUCCCCGCCCAGACCCUCGCCGACUACCUCGGCGGCGUCGAAGAUGGUGAACGGCUGCUAGACAUGGUGGCCGAGUCCCAGAGUCGGGAGCUGAUCCACAAACCUUCGGAGUUCAUUUAUGCCGAGCAUUACACAUUGUCCAAGAUGAUGACUGGUAUCAAAGCCGGUCUUCUACACCAAGGCAUUUUCAAUGUUUCGCCGUACAAUUACCUAGAAGGCUCGAUCAAGGUGCCGGCUUUCACGAAGCCGCUUCUAAUCCUAGGCCGAGAGAACAUCAACCGCUCCGUUGACGGAGACGUUGUCGUUGUGGAAGUUCUCCCCAAGGACCAAUGGAAGGAACCGUCGACGGUCAUCAUUGAAGAGGAGGCGGUGACCAAGAAUGAAAACGCAGACGGAGAAGAGGCCCAAGACUUUGUCUCCGAAAAGGAGCGAAAGCUCCUUCAGGAGGAAGUCAAGAAAACCCACAGCAGGAGCACAGAGGGUAGGGCGCAGCCCACGGCCAAGGUGGUCGGCAUUCUGAAGCGCAACUGGCGCCAGUAUGUUGGACAUAUCGAUCCGUCCUCGGUUAGUCGUAGCGGUGGCCAGGGCCGCAAGAUGGAUAACGUCUUCCUGAUUCCCAUGGACAAGCGAAUUCCCAAGAUCCGCCUCAGGACGAGGCAGGUAGCGGAGCUUCUUGGGAAGCGGCUUCUUGUGGCUAUUGAUGUCUGGGGACGGGAUACGCGGCAUCCUACCGGCCACCUCGUUCGCUCCCUCGGCGAGCUGGAGACCAAGGCUGCCGAAACAGAGGCACUGCUGCUAGAGUGGGAUGUCCAAUAUCGGCCCUUCCCGAGGACCGUCUUGGAUUGUCUUCCCAAGGAGGGCCAUGACUGGAAAGUACCCGUUAACACGGAAGAUCCGGGCUGGAAGGAUCGCGCUGAUUUGAGACAUCUUCUCAUCUGCAGUAUUGAUCCUGUUGGAUGUCAGGAUAUCGAUGAUGCACUUCACGCAAGACUCUUGGAGAACGGAAACUACGAGGUCGGCGUCCACAUUGCAGAUGUGUCUCACUUCGUAAAGCCCGCCAACGCAAUGGAUGCGGAGGCCAGUAUUCGGGGCACCACGGUCUACCUAGUGGACAAGCGUAUCGACAUGCUUCCCAUGCUUUUGGGUACUGACCUGUGCUCCUUGAAACCCUACGUCGAAAGGUUCGCCUUCUCGGUGCUCUGGGAAUUGGAUCAGAACGCUGAUAUUGUUAACGUUCGAUACACGAAGUCGGUCAUCAAGUCCCGGGAGGCAUUCAGCUACGAACAAGCACAGCUUAGGAUAGACGAUCCCUCGCAGCAAGAUGACCUGACGAAGGGGAUGCGAAUCCUCCUGAAGCUCUCGAAGCAACUCAAACAGAAGAGGAUGGACGCUGGUGCUCUUAGCCUGUCUUCUCCUGAGGUCAGAGUCGAGAUGGAGUCGGAGACCUCUGACCCCAUCGACGUCAAGACGAAGCAGCUUCUCGACACCAACUCCCUAGUCGAAGAAUUCAUGCUUUUCGCCAACGUCAGCGUCGCGCGAAAGAUCUACGAAGCCUUCCCCCAAACGGCCAUCCUCCGCCGCCACGCGCCCCCGCCCAAGACCAACUUCGACGAGCUCGCCAACCAGCUCAAAGUGAAGAAGGGUCUCGAACUCCGCACGGACUCCAGCAAAGCCCUCGCCGACUCCCUCGACACGUGUGUGGACCCGCAGAACCCCUUCUUCAACACGCUCAUCCGCAUCAUGGCCACGCGGUGCAUGAUGAGCGCCGAGUACUUCUGCUCCGGCACGCAGGCCUACCCCGAGUUCCGCCACUACGGCCUCGCUAGCGAGAUCUACACGCACUUCACGUCGCCGAUUCGUCGAUAUGCCGACCUCAUGGCCCAUCGCCAGCUCGCGGCGGCCAUCGGCUACGAGGCCAUUCACCCCACUGUGCGCUCCCGGGGUCGUCUCGAGGCCGUCUGUAAGAACAUCAACGUGCGUCACCGUAACGCGCAGCAGGCGGGCCGCGCCAGCAUAGCGUACUACGUCGGCCAGGCCCUCAAGGGUAAGGUAGCCGCUGGAGAGGACGCGUACGUCAUGAAGGUGUUUAGUAACGGCUUCGUCGUGCUCGUGCCGAGAUUUGGUAUCGAGGGUUUGAUUCGGUUGAGGGAUCUGGCGACGCCUGAGCCUGAGAGCGAGUUUGAUGCGGAGAAUUAUGUGUUGAGGACAAGUGGGAGCCGGGAGGUUCGCGUGGAGCUGUUCCAGAGGGUUAAGGUGUUGGUCAGGGAUGAGAAGGAUGAGUUGACGGGGAAGAGGGGUGUCAAGAUGGAGUUGGUUGAUUAA